AAAGAAACGCAUUCUUUCAGCUACCACCUUGCGAAACAGGUUGAGCAGUGGGAAGAGAAAGCUGAAAAGGGGUUAGUUGUUUACAGCCUUUAAGAAGGAGAGGAGCUGCGCUGUAACUGAAGUUUACGAGGCCGAAAUCUACUCAGGUUGACAUUACGAGGAGAGAGAGACACACACACACACACACAACAUGGGAGGCAAGAGUCCAGCGUUCCUUGUGAUGGGGCUGGUGGUGUUGAUCGCCGCGAUGGCUCUGUAUCUGUGGACCGUGAUGUCGGAGAACUCGCUGCUGCGGCUGGAGAGCGACCGGACCAGGGACGAGGGCAGGCAGCUGAGGAGUGCGAGAGACCAGCUCCAGACGCAGCUGGGCGAGUCCACCAUGGUCCUCAACGACAAGAAGCACUACAUCAGCGAGAUCGACGAUAAAUUCCUCAAGACCAGCGGGGCGCUGGAGAAACAAGUCGCCGAGGUGCGGCAGUGCAUGGAGCAGAAGAACAAAAUAAGUGCAGACUUUGAAAAACAGAAAAAUGAUCUAAAGGCAAAGGAAGAUCAACAAAAGGCUUUGGAGGAGGAGAAGAAGAAAGUGGAAACACUUCUGCAAGAGUUCAAGAAGCUCUGUGGUGCAAAUAACACCGCUGAUAUGUUGAAAAACCUCUGUCCCAAGGAAGCUGAAAAACCACCUCCCAAAGUCGUGGUCAACUGAAGACCCCUUUUGCCAAAUCUCGCUGGACAUCAGAGCCAUCGCUUGUCCUGGAGUUAACACAAUGAGGUGGAAGAAUCACGGGACGGAAAUGAAAAUAAGACUCCGGGUCGCAUCCUAUUCCUUCCUUCCUUACGACAUGUCCAAUGGGACUCUAACAUUUCUUAUCUCCUGAAGAAACCUCCUUCAUCCCCCCCCCCCCGCUCAAAACUCGUUGGGUCAGUAUGGCCAUCACCUGUGUCUUAACUUUUAGCCCAGUACGGAAAUGUUCCUCCAAUCCGAUCUGCGGUCGGCACGGACUCGACGGGCCGAAGGGCCUGUGUCUCCAAACUAAGCUAAAACUGAAGGUAGACAAAAAUGCUGGAGAAACUCAGCGGGUGAGGCAGCAUCUAUGGAGCGAAGGAAAUAGG